AUGAUUAGCCCCUUGAAAAUCGUUGUGUCGUUCUUGGGUAUGAUAUGGUACGGGUUCACUGAUCUCCUCGCCCUUAUGCCAGGCACGUGGAAAAAGAAUAUGACACUACGGUAUCGAGUCGCCAGACUCUGCUGCUGUCAUUUGGACACAGGCACAGACUCUAGUCUGCCUCUUCAACUCGUCAAUCCGGAACAUAUCAAGCACUCGUCUUUACGUCGAGAUCUGAAAUGGUUUGGUCGCAUUCUCGUUCUCGUUGUGCUAUCUGGGCAAUAUGUUCAAGCUGGAUUUAUUCUCGCACGACGUAUCCUGUCCGACACGGCGGCAACAAUUGACUACGCUAUGUCUUUCCUCGUUCUGUCCGGACUGAUCGGAUUAUUUCGAUCCUUGAUGGUAUCGCUCGUUCAUUCCGCGUGGCGACUUGAUCCUGAAUUCCUCCCCUUCGUAGAAAAGCAAUGCCAGUUACGCAGUUGCAAAAAUUUCAAGGAUCAGCAGGGCUUUCCUAACCGAACGCGGUUUAUGAUAUAUGGAUACAAUGUUUCCAAUAAACCACGAAUCGUACUAGACUGGCAAGCUGCCGGCUAUGCGCAACUGCAAAUUGUCUUGAACAACAGGCGUGGAAUGGCUCAGCACAUAUUCGCCUUUUAUGGGAUCAUGGCGUAUUGGUACUUGACUAUCUAUGCACUUGUUCGAUGGAGCGAUAAAUCGCGCUCGGAUGGUAUCGAUCGAAAACCCGAGGAAACGAGCAUUCCAGCCUCCAAUCCAAUUGAGGAGGGUCUGCCAGCACCAGUUGCCCCAGAUUUCCAGGAGAUAGAUAGGGCUAGGGUGAAUUCAAGUUUCAUAUGGACCAUUUUCCGUUGGAUAUUCUUAUUGAUGACGCACUCUCACACACCCAACUUUCUGAUUGGUAAGACGACUAAACGGCUUCCAAUCAUCUCGCUCGACCGAGAUACUCAGAUGUUGCAGAUCAAUAUUAGAUUAGUGGCAAACGCAUACGGAGCUGGCACUCCACAAUCCUAA